GCGCAGAAGGAAAAGAAAAUGUUUACAACAGUGAAAAAUCGAUCUAAAAUAUUAUGGAAAUACAUAUGUUGUUGUUGCUUAUCAUCAAAGAAAACAACACAGAAAGAGCCAGAAGUCCGGAUUCCACUGGAGGAUCUUACGGAGCCCAUCAGCCUGGAAAUAGAAAUUCCGAAGGAAGAAAAGCCCAAACCCGUUGUCGAGGAAAGCGUGGAGAGGACGGAAGUAGUGGAGAAAGUAUCCAAAGAUUUAGGUCAAAAUAUCACAGAAGUGGACGAGAAACCAAACAGUGUUUUGGACUAUGUAGGUGACUUGCCAGGCUGCAAAGAACAACAAGAAGCACAGAAGACCUGUGAAAGCAACGACCAGGUAAAGGGAAUAGAAGCUGUGGAGAUGCCAGAGAAACCUGUUGAGAUAAUCCAGGAAACAAAUAUACCAAGCGCUGAAUACCCUGACCCUGCUAUCAUGGAAAGAUUGGCGACAAUGGAUAUUCAGGAGAUAAUAUCCUAUUAUUUAGAAGAUGCCUUCUCCAAGGAAACUACAGACAGUAAAAGAAUCAUUGAUAUAAACAGUGACACAGACAGUGAUACCGAUACUCAGUUUCGACAUAUGCCACUGAUACUAGCAGAGCGACACAUAUAUUUUAAAGCCCAGUUGGAAAAAGCAAUUCGGGAAAAGAAAAUCUUCUGGCUGCUACAUUCUCAACACAUCGAUGAAAGCAUGCGUAGGAGAGGAUGGAUACAGAAAAUAUCUUUUACAUUUGAUGCAGAAGCGAGGGAUAGUAGAUAUCUUGAUCCAGACAGCGGAUUGGAGCUGAAGCUUUCUUAUUCUGUAAAGCCCUCACUGAUCUGGUCAUACCGCCAUUAUCCCUACUCUAUUGUGGAACAAGAUCAGAUGAUGAACAGCUAUACAAACACAGACUGCUUUACAACCAAGUUUGGACUGUGCGUGAAUUUAAAGAAUGCGGACACAUUCUUCCCACGUUGCUAUGACCUGUCAGAUGAAACAGGGAGAAUGUUAUUCACUGAUGACUUCAUGAAAACUGCAGCGUAUAGUAUCAUAAAAUGGGUUGUAAGAAGAAACAGUUCGCCUGUUCAAGCAGAAGAAACUACAAGGAACGGCUGUGUUGCACCUAUUUCAGUCAAUUUAAUUUUAAUGGCCUUUAAGGUCUGCAAAAUGUUCAUGAUUCCCUCAGUAAAUAAGGACAUAGACAAGAAAAUUGAAGACAUGGAUCCCGAUUGGACAGAAUAUUUAGAGGGAUACUAUCAGCUCAUACACGCCGGCGCAGAGAUUAAGAAUUCCGCCACGUAUGCUGAACCUUGCCGCCACGUUUUAGAUCAAAUUCAGGCAAAACUCCCACAGCUGGAUAUCGACACAGGAAGAAAUAUCUGGAUCCUGAAACCAGCCGCUCUCUCCAGAGGAAGAUUUAUAAUUUGCAUUGAUCAUGUGGACGAUAUAGUCAAGUUUGUUGAAAGUCAUGACAGAGUUUUUGCAGCAAAGCAGUGGGUGAUACAGAAGUACAUAGAGAGGCCAUUUCUCAUUUACAACACUAAGUUUGAUAUGCGCCAGUUUUUCUUAGUAACGGCCUGGAACCCCCUGACAAUCUGGUACUAUAAGGAAAAUUACAUUCGUAUGUCAUCACAACCUUUCAACUUGGAGAAUCUGGACAACUCCAUACACCUGUGCAACAGAGCCGUCCAGAUGCAGUUUAAAAACUGCCCAACCCGACACCCUGAGCUGCCUGAAGACAAUGUAUGGUCUAAUAGAAAACUGCAGGAAUACCUAUGCAUGAUUGGAGCAGAAAACGUCUGGGAGGACGUGAUGGUGCCAGGGAUUAAGAAAAUCAUAUAUCAAACUAUGCAAGUUUCUCAGAACAAAGUAACGCACAGAAAGAACAGUUUUGAUAUUUAUGGUGCUGAUUUCAUGUUCAGCGAGAACUUCAAUCCGUGGCUCAUUGAGAUCAAUUCCAGGCCAGAUAUGAGUUCACCCACAGCAGUGACUGGUGUGAUCUUUGAAAGUAUUUUAGAGGACACCAUAAAAGUCAUCAUUGAUCGUAAGAAGGACCCUAACUGCGACAUCGGAGCAUAUGAGCUGAUACAGAAACAGCUUGAAGGGGGCUUGGUGGUGCAACACUUUUUGGAUUUGCCAAUUAGACCCAAAAGGCACUGAAAAGACCAGAAGCUGCUGGAAGGACCCGAAGCCGCCGAAAAGACUGGCAGAAAGACCCAAAGCCACCAGAAGAAGCCAAAGCAGCCGAAAAGACCCGAAGCUGGUGAAAAGACCUGAAGCCGCCGGAAGGACCCGAAGCCAUGGAGAAGGACAACGAUGCACACACAUUGGCUGGGCACUUACAAACCUGCACCUGGUCCCCUCUGAGCUGUACCUACACAGUCAGCAGAGGAGAAGUCUUUGAUUGGUUUAUCCUGACUAAACAGAAAUAAA